AUGCAGUUCAAGACACUCAUCACUGGUGCUGGUCUGGCACUCAGCAUGUCUAACACCGCAACACGCACCGCGUUCCUGAACAACAUGGUCAGCUCUGUGCAGACAAACAACCUCGAUGGUGUUGAUAUCGACUGGGAGUACCCGGGACGUGAGGGUAAUACCUGCAAUGCAUAUGAUCCGGCGAACGAUUCGAAAAACUUCCUCUCCUUCCUGCAAGACCUGCGUGCCAAGCUGGAUUCGACCUUUGGUGCCGGAACCAAGCUCAUCACCAUGGCUGUCCGUGUUCAGCCUUUCGAUGGUCCCAACGGCCCGAUGAAGGAUGUCUCUGCGUUUGCCAAGGUCACCGACUAUAUCAACCUGAUGCAGUACGACAUUAACGGCUCGUGGAACUCCACCACAGGCCCGAAUGCUCCUCUGCAGUAUGCCCCAGGCAAGGGUGAGCAGGUCUCAUUCGCCACUGCUAUCUCUGCUUGGUCCGCUGCUGGAUGGCCUACUUCCAAGAUGGGCGCUGGAGUACCUUUCUAUGGUCGCAGCCUGACAGCCACCGCAAACAUGCUGAACAAUCUAUCUAAGAUAUACGCCCAAUUCUCACCUACUGCUCCUAAGGGCGACCAGGAGGAUGAGCUGGGGGUUGAUACCUGCGCCGGUGGACCUGCUGUCUACUCAGGUGACUGGAGAUACAGAUGCCUGCGUGAUCAGGAUCUACUCUCUAACCCGACUACUGCAGUGGCUCCUUGGGUUUGCACCUGGGACAACACCACGUCCACGCCUUGGCUGUUCAACCCGAAUACCAAUGUCUUCAUUUCGUACGAUGAUCCGCAGAGUCUCAAGGCAAAGGUCGACUACGCUGCUGCUAAGGGUCUAGCUGGUACCAUGCUGUGGAGCAUGGAGAUGGACUAUAACAACGAGCUGCUGGAUGUGCUGAACAGCUUCCCUAGCGGCGGAUCUACCACCGGCAAGAACCCGGCUUACUUUAUCUGCAACAACAGUGCCUGGCUAGCACAGUCUUGUGGUUCAGGAACCGCGUGCUUCCAGUCUGGGUCUUCGAUUUAUUGCAACUGGCCUCCGGCUUAA